CAGCGGCCAUGGCUCACGGGCCCAGCCGCUCCGCGGCAUGUGGGAUCCUCCCGGACCGGGGCAUGAACCCGUAUCCCCUGCAUCGGCAGGCGGACUCUCAACCACUGUGCCACCAGGGAAGCCCUGGGGCAGAGUUUUUGAUGCCCCUCAUAAGCUAGUGUUCUAGACCACUGAUAAUCAAAGUGUGGUCUGGCUUCACCUGGAAGCUUGUUAGAAAUGCAGAAUCUCAGGCCUCACCCCAGAACUCCUGAGUCAGAAUUUGCAUGUGAACAAGAUCCCCAGUGAUUCGUAUACACAGUAAUGUUUGAGAAACACUGAUCUAAUUGUCCCUUUUGGUCACUGUGGCAGAUUCUCAGAUGAUACGUAUACAAAGUUUGGGAAGCACUGAUUUAUUUGUCCCUUGUCAUAUCAUUAUGGCCAGGCUGCAUAGUGACAUGACACAGGCAUAGCAAUAUCUGUGUAAAGGAACGGCCUAAAUCUACCUUUCUCAAAAGGUAAUAGCAUAACAGGCAGGCGUUUGAGGCUUUGUAGUCAUUGGAUUUAGACGUGGCUCAGAAGACUGAGCCACAGACUGAUGGCCUAAAGAAGAAAUACCAUGGACAACACUCCAGCACUGGUACCUGGGAUGAGAGCCAUUGUAGGUGGUGGAAAGCCCAAAGGGCUGCUGGUGUGGGACACAUGGGGUUUGAAUCCUGGCUCAAUCAUUACCUAGCUCUGGGACUUGAGCUUGUUAACUUACCUCUCUGAGCCUCAGUUUUCUCAUUUGUAAAAUAGGGAUGCCAAUAGUUAUUUAACACAGAUUGUUUUGGCGAGUUACUGAAAAAUGUAUCAUCACUAGACAGACAGGUGUUCAAUAAAUAUUAUCCCCUUCCUUUUUUUUUUUCUCUUAUAAUACCUCAAUAGUUAGUAAAACAACGUUCUUGAAAAAAAUAAAAAUAACAAGAUACCUCUAGCUUGGAGCUAAUGUCAUGGUUAUGACGCCAAGGCUUUCAGAAUUGGUGGUGGUGGUGGGGGUGGGAAUAAAGAUGCUCCCUCUGGCUCCCCAGGUCUUCAUACCAUCUCACUAGGUCCUCAUGGCUGGACCUAGACACUCAGGCCAAUAAUUAGGUACAAACGGAUAUUCUUUAAAUACUGGCUCAACAUUUAAAGAGCAUAGGCUGAUGCCAUGGGGGAAGAACAAUGGAGAAUCCCUGGUGCCAGUGUCCCUGUCCCCUCUCUGCACAGAGCCUUUAGUUCGGAUCCCAAACCUGUCCACGCUGCUGCCUAUGCGGCCUCCUGCUCCCUCUCCCCGGAAGACAGUCUGGUGACCACCUCUGUCCCUCCAGCAGGCCCUUGGGUUCCACUCCUUGCAACCUGCUCGUGGAAGGUUCACUUCCAACCGCACACUCUGCUCCUUGCUGAGAGGUCCCAUAAACGUCUGCGGGGGUGUUUGAGACCCCUCAUGUGCUGGCCCCUGCCCUUAUCUGGUGGGGGUGGCACCACGCCCCACGUUAUUAGCUGUAUGACCGCCCUCACUGCCUGUUCUAAGGGGCUGGGGGCGGCAGGGGAAGUAGAAGGGCGUGUCCCCCUUCACUCCAAUGGCGGCUCUCACGCAAAAGCGUGGAGGCUUCCUAUAUCCAUCCUUUCACCUUAAGAGUGAUAACCGCCCCCCCCCCCACCGCCACUUGAAUUUUUUUUCAAUUCCUUCAAACUAGAUUUUAAACUAUCCAUGCUCUUGCUAAAAUUUGUGUGUACAUCAUACAAUUGUAUGAAGCACGGUCCUAUUCUUUGUACGUAAGAACUUUUAAAAAUGAAGUUAAAGGGAAGAAAAUUGAUCACACACACACACAUCCACGUUUGACAGAUUUUCUGCACCGAAAAGGAAAGGAAAAACAACAACAACACCCCACAUUCCCUGAGUUCCCUGAUAAUGAUUUCCAAGGGGAAAGACUAGGACUUGGGCUGCGUCUGUCGGAGGGAAAAUCGCUCUAGAGUACAUUUUUGUUGUUAUUUAUCAAACCAGACAUCUCUCCGUGGGCACACUGCCGAGACUUAGGUAACUGUGUAAUGUGAUAAGUGUUUUUAUGAGUUAUGCAAAGACACAGCGCUUUCCUGACGGCCGAAGCAACGGAAUUCGCGACCUUGUCCGGGCCCCGGUUCCCGGCUCGCGCGGGGCGGUGUCUCUGCCCGAGCUCCGCGCGGCCGCAGGAUUACGGUGGGAUCAUGGCAGGGCUGGGCUCCGAUCCCUGGUGGAAGAAAACCCUUUACUUGACCGGGGGAGCUUUGCUGGCCGCAGCUGCGUAUCUGCUCCACGAACUCCUGGUCAUUAGUUUAGGUAAAACACAAAACAAUCUGAAAUAUGUGGGAUGGAAAAUCCAUCUUGAAAUGGCUACGCUGUCUGAGUUCACUGGCAAUCGUGUUCUUCACCACGGUACUUGGAUUUCCUGCUGCGUAGACUUAACCUUAAUCUAUGGGUACAUCUCCAGAGUGGAAAGUAAAGGUGACAGGAAACAGCAAGAGAUUGACUCCAAAGAUGCUAUUAUUUUGCAUCAGUUUGCAAGACCUAACAAUGGUGUCCCCAGUUUGUCUCCUUUCUGUUUGAAAAUGGAAACUUAUUUAAGGAUGGCUGACUUACCCUAUCAGAACUAUUUUGGUGGAAAGCUCUCUGCUCAAGGGAAAAUGCCUUGGAUUGAAUAUAAUCAUGAAAAAGUUUCUGGGACAGAAUUCAUAAUUGACUUUCUGGAAGAGAAACUUGGAGUGAAUUUAAACAAAAACCUUGGUCCUCAUGAAAGAGCCAUCUCCAGGGCAGUGACUAAGAUGGUGGAGGAGCAUUUCUAUUGGACCUUAGCUUAUUGCCAGUGGGUGGACAAUCUCAAUGAGACCCGGAAGAUGCUCUCUCUUAGUGGUGGCGGUCCCUUCAGUAACCUGCUGAGGUGGGUCGUGUGCCACAUAACGAAAGGAAUCGUGAAACGCGAGAUGCACGGCCACGGCAUUGGCCGCUUCUCAGAGGAAGAGAUUUACAUGCUGAUGGAGAAGGACAUGCGGUCUUUAGCAGGGCUUCUGGGUGAUAAGAAGUACAUCAUGGGGCCCAAGCUUUCCACUCUCGACGCCACCGUCUUUGGACACUUGGCACAGGCAAUGUGGACCUUACCAGGGACGAGACCUGAGCGGCUGAUAAAAGGUGAGCUGAUCAAUCUUGCCAUGUACUGUGAGAGGAUAAGGAGGAAAUUCUGGCCUGAGUGGCACCAUGAUGAUGACAACACCAUCUAUGAGUCCGAGGAGAGCUGUGAAGGCAGCAAAACGCAUACGCCCCUGCUGGAUUUCAGCUCUUACUCAAGGACAGAGACCUUUGAAGAUGAGGGAGCAGAGAACAGUUUUUCCAGAACCCCAGACACGGAUUUCACUGGACACUCGCUCUUUGAUUCUGACGUGGACUUGGAUGACUACACAGACCAUGAACAGUGCAAGUGACACUCAGCCCUGCUGACCCUCCUCUGUUGGAGCUGCCAUUCCCUGGGGUCAGUCCAGUCUCCCAGGUAGAAAUCCAUCCGAGCUGGGAGGAGAUCUUCGUGCUUGACACAGUUCUCACAAGCUGACUGGACUAGAGCAGCCUGAUUUCUUUUUUGUACAAACAAGACACAGAACCAUUCCGAUGGCUCCAUUUGAAACAAACAGGCAAAAAAAAAAGUCAGCAUGGUUCCUGAAAUCCACCUUUGUUUUCAUUAGAAAACUAAGAUUGUGUGGUAGAGCAGGUGCAACAGCAGGUUGUCCACAGACGGUGUGUACAUCGAUCCCCUGCAACCCGAGGGCUUAGGUGCAAGAUGGAUUCUUGAACAUCCUUCGUCCAGCAGGGUUCAAAGUCAGGAGAGAUGUCAUCAGAAGGAAUGUAGGAGAUAAAUGUUCUGUGGUGGCUGCUUGUAUUUCCUGUGUGUAUAUUGUAUGUUGAGAUAUAAGUCAAAUAAAAUCCAUAGAUAUUCAGUGAACACCUACUAUGUGCAAAGCACUGUGCUAGGUGCUAGCCAGUAUGAGUUUUACCCUAAGCCCUGCCAGUGGCUAGCUGUGUGAUUCUGGGCAAGUCCCUUAAUUCUUGUGUGCCUCAUUUCCCUCACCUGUAAAGUGGGGGUGACAAUAGUCCCCGCCUACCUACCUCACAGGGGUGUUGUGAGGAUUCACGUGGUAACAUACGGCGCUUUAAACCUCUCAGAAGAGGUGUGACAUAAACACAUUUUAUUCUUUAA